UAUUGAUUAUUCACUAGGCAACUGACUGACACGAAGUGCUUCAGUUCUGUAGUGCUUGUAAUUACAUCUUUUUAGUGCAUAUGUUGAGUGGAGAUGCGGACAGACAAGAUCCACUUCAACAGGCAAUUCUCAGGUCAAGUACACUUCCUUUAAGAUGUUUCAACACAUAUUGAAGGAUUUCUGCAACAAUUCUUCAAUUCAUGGUCUCAAAUUCUUAACGAAACCGAAAAGACACUGGAUUGAAAGGUUGUUCUGGGCUGUAUGCUGUAUAUUGUCUUGGUGUGGAUCAGUUCUACUUAUCUUGUCUUCAUGGGAACAUAAUCAGAACAAUGCAAUCAGUUUUAUGGCUGACACUACAUACCUGGACUGGAACACUCCAUUUGUCUCAAUUGCCAUAUUUGAGUCUGAACUAAACAGUAAGGUGGCAAAUUCGUACAUCAAGGAUAAAUUCAAAAAGCAUGAAGAUGGGUUUUUAGAAGAAAUGAGAUUAUUACUAGAUGAAAUUGUCUAUCAGCAACAACAUACAUACAUAAAGAAAUGUCUUAAUAAUGCAUCAGAAUUUGAUAACAUUGAAAAGAAUGACUGCCCAAGAACCAAUUUGUCAAAUAUUGUUCAGUUGAUGCAAAGUCCAUGCAAAGAUAUUUUUCACAAGUGUCAGUGGAAUGACAAAGAAUUUGACUGCUGCAAAUACUUUUUACCCCUACAGACUGAAUUAGGUCCAUCUUAUGCCAUCAACAACAUUCAUUCUCAGGACAAUUCAAGACAAGAGACCUUUCUAGAUAUGACAUCGAACAGCACCUCGGGACCUGGAAAACUGCUUCUGGAAUUGGCUGUUAAGACAAAGGUAUAUGUCCUGUCAAAACAUGAAGUUCCAACUUAUAACACACCAAUGGAAAAUGUCAUUAUUGCUACUGCAAAUGUAUAUUACAAAAUAUUUCUUCAGGUAACAGAAGUGAUAAGUGUUCCUCAAGUUAAGGAAAUCAACAUUGCCAAAAGACAGUGUAAAUUUCCAGAAGAAAAUGCAAACUUCUACCUUUAUAAUCUGUAUUCUUACUCAACAUGCCUAGUGGAAUGCCGCAGGAGAGAAUCUAUGCACCUUUGCAACUGUACCAACCCCCUCAUGCCAGCAGCAAGAACAGAGAAGAACUGUGGUCUGGAUGGAAUGAAAUGCCUUAAAGAAGCACAUAAAAUCAUUAGAACCUUGAAAAAUCCAUGGGAGAAAGGUGGAGACGGUAUACCAUGCGCAUGCAUGAUAGGAUGUGAAGAACUUAAAUACAAAGUGUUUCAACAGAGAGAACGAGUACCCAGGAACUACACAGCUGUAGAAAUACAACUGAUCCAAUUACCCAGUGUACGCUUCAAGCGUAAUAUAGUGAGAGACACGGUGGAUAUGGCUGUGAACUUGGGUGGAACAGCUGGAUUACUUGUUGGGGGAAGUAUUCUCAGUCUAGGUGAAAUACUAUACUAUUUCUUCAUCCGUCCAGUGUGGGAGGCAGUACACUCCCACAGGCCACGUUUACCUACACCUUCAGAACCUCAUUUGGGAUCACGUUGUAACAGAAGUCUCCCAAUUCGCCUACAACUUUCCACAGUUAAUACAAGUUUGGUGUAAUACAUACUCUUGUAUUAUGUAUAGCUAAGCAGAGGGAACGAAUAUGUUGAAUUAUAGACCUAUAACAUUACUUACAUCUUUUCCAAAGUUACCAAAAAUGUUAUAUUUGUAAGAUUGCUCCAUCACAUAAAGAAUAACAAUAUAUUAUCCAAUCACCAAUAUGGUUUCAGGUGUGAUUUAUCCACAGAACCUACAUCAUAUAAUUUAAUUAAUUAAAUAUUAAAGGCCUUGAAUAAUAAAAUACCAGUUGGAGGCAUUUUUUGUGACCUAAAUAAAGCCUUUGAUUGUGUUUAUCAUGAUGUUCUAUUACCUAAAUUGAAGUUUUAUGGAAUAGCAGGCAAAGCUAAUGUGUUACUGGAAUCCUACCUUCAUUGUAGACAUCAAAGAGUUGUAACUAAUAAGAAGUGCACUCAUUCAAGUUGGGGUAAGAUUGUCAGUGGUGUUCCCCAGGGAUCAAUCUUAGGUCCCUUAUUGUUUUUGUUAUACAUUAAUGAUCUGCCAAAUAUUAUAAAGAGUAAAUCAAUACCUAUUCUCUUCGCGGGUGAUACCUGUAUUAUUGUUAAGAACUCUAAUCGUAUUGAGUAUGAAAAUGAACUAAAUUUAAUAUUGAAAAAUAUAAAUGAAUGGUUCAAGACUAACUUACUGACAUUGAAUCUCGAUAAAACGUAUUUUAUGCAUUUCUCAACCAAGAAUAGUAAUACAAUGGACAUACCUAUCAUUUAUAGUAACAGUAAAAUUACUACAACUGUUGAUAUUAAGUUCCUCGGUUUGAUGACUGAUAAUACCCUAUCAUGGAAAGGACACAUUGACUGGCUCAUGUCCAAACUGGCUUCAGCUUUCUAUGCAGUUAGGGCUAUUAAACCCUAUAUGUCAUUAGAAUAAAUGAGAUCAGUAUAUUUUUCAUAUUUUCAUUCUGACAUAUGGCCUGAUUUUCUGGGGUAAUUCGCCCCUCUGCAACUGUAUCUUUAGACUACAGAAUAGGGUAAUAAGAGUCAUCACCAAUUCUAGAAGUAGAGAUUCUUGUAGGGAGUUGUUUAAGAGAUUAAAGAUGCUGCCACUUUUCUCAGUAAAUUUUUCCCAUUGUUAUUUAUGUUCAAAAACAAGGAUCUAUUUUUAUCUAAUUCUGAGAUUCAUACAAUCAACACAAGACAGUAAUAAUCUCCAUUAUCCCUCGUGUAACUUAACUGUCUUUCAAAAGGGAACAUAUUAUUUUGGAAUUAAAAUUCUUAAUAAACUUCCACCUAAUAUAAAAGACCAGGCUCAUGAGAUUACAAAAUUUAGGUCUGCUAUUAAAAGAUUCCUAUUUUUAAAUUUAUUUUAUUCAUUGGACGAAUAUUUUAACUGUGACAACAAUUAAAGUUUUGGAUUUGUUACAGGUGGUAGUUGCUAGCACUUUAUUGUUACAGAUGAUGGUUUCUGUUCAUGUUGUAUAUUGCUAAUAUUUUUAACUGGAUGACAUUACAUAAUUGUGAUGCAGUAUGUGAUGUUUACUCAUGUUGACUAUUUCUAUAUCCAUUGGUCUUUAACCAUGUAAGGAUUUAUGGAAUGCUGAAUAAAUGAAUGACUGAAAGGGCACAAAGAGGAAGAUGAGAAUUCUGACACAGGAGUAAGUAAUUGAGAAGGUAAUGAUUCUUGAUUUUUACCUUCUAAUAUCCUACCUGUACCAGCUUAACUGUAAUUGCUCAAAUAUUUGAUAUAACAUCAUGUUUUCAUACUGGUACCUUAAUCUCAGCAGAGAGCAGUUAUUGGAUUACUGGAAUAAUAUUUGUGGUAAUCAUUCACAUGAGUAUCAUUACAUGUUUCAUAACUU